UAAAGUUCCGCGCUAACAGAUAAACCAGGGUUGUCCUGUACCCUGUGUAAGAUGCUGCUGCAACGAGUAUACCAGUUGAUUCCAAAUAUUGGUACAACCUCACGUCCUCAUCAUGUCGGAAGCAACAAUCAAACUACUCCAAGAAAACAGCGCCGCACUGUUCAAGCUUAGCGGCGAGGAUCGGGUGCGCCUGCUAAUGAGACAAGCUGCCGACAUUGCCAACGACCCUGAGGACAAUGAAUACACAAAACCACUGUUCAAAUCCCUCGCCCUGCACUCCGUCUCCAACGACUCCACGCAUCCCUCAAUAACAUUCACCUUCACCGUCAAGCCAGGGCACUGCAACAUUUUGGGCAACCUCCACGGCGGCUGCACGGCAUCCAUCUUCGACUUCUGCACCAGUACCCUCCUCGUCCUCUUUGCCAGCCCCGGCUUCUGGUCCCAUCUGGGCGUGAGCCGCACCCUCAACACGACCUAUCUCCGCCCGGCGCCCAUAGGCACCGAGCUGCUCAUCGAGUGCGAGGCGGUCCAGGUCGGUAAGCGCUUGUCCGUCCUCAGGGGCACCAUGAGGAGGGCCAGUGACGGGGCCGUGGUAGCGCUGUGCGAGCAUAACAAGGUGAAUUCGGACCCUUCACCCUCGAUGUGACGGAGAGCUCGUACAUUUUUGUUAGCUUAGGGCUAUCAUAAGUAAGAUAGCCGCUUCAUAUCUUGAAGAGAAACGGACCAUGUACCC